ACAGUUCCACCCCCCCAAAAAGGCCUUCUCCCGCAAUUAUGGGCCGAACGCCUUGUCACGAAACAAGAUCAAAGGACAUCAUUUGGCUAGGGGACACGGAUAACCAAGACUACCUUUUUGAAAAGAUGCUUGGACUAGCCCAAGCCAGCUUCUACCCGCCACAGCGCGACAAGGCCAGCGAAUCCAGGCGUUCUAGAAGGCCGUCAAAACGUCCGGCACAAGAUGUGGUGGCAUCAGAUGAGAAAAACCUUCCUGGGUGCCGGACGCGAUGCUGCUGGCGCCGCUUGCCGGCCGUCCCGUUUGGAUCACUUGCAAUGUUUGUGCAUAUCCUGUCAUUUCAUAGCGACCUCAACUGCAGCCUGCAUCCCCUGGGGGGGGGUGACGAUGUCGUCGCCCACAUAUGACGUUGGAUGGAUUGGUUGGUUGGUUGGUUGUUUCGUUGAUACCCGCUGUGCUAUAUCCCACGUCGCCUCGUACAUCAUGCCUCUCGCCUCCUCGGACCUGGGCAGUUGUCGUGAGCACACGCACGCCCGCCCGCCCCGACGCUAUUUGUCCACUUCAAAUUGCCCGGUAGGUUCGCCGCGUGAUGCGUCCUCGCACGCACAUGCCCGACGCGCCGUGCACGCCCUGCAGACCCUCCCAAGUGUAACCGUCGCCCGGCGGCUUCGGAAACCGCACGCAGCGACCCUCAUCUUUUCCUGGGCCGUCCUCUCUCGAGACCCUCCAGAGUGCGACGGGAGGCUGCGAAAGAUGGGCGCAGGUCUCAUGUAGACGUAUUUCACAUCACCAUAGACACCCUGCUCCCCUUCCCCUCCCACCUCCAUGCCCCUCAGCCGAGCCACGAAUCCUUCAGGAGACACCGUUGAUGACGGCCUGGCCGCUCUUGAGCUUCCCCGUGACGACGUCGACGAUGGCCCGGAACGCCUCCAUCUCCUCUUCGAC